CCGAAGAAGAGCUACCUCUAGCUGCUGGAGCUAGCUGGCUAGCGACCAAGAUGGAGUAUCCGAGUAGCUGCUUUAUUUUUAUCGGGAGGGGUUCUCGUUUUUUAGGUACGACACCCGGGUUCGUUAAUAUUCGGGCUUUGGGACAUGUGGGUGAAAGAGUUCGUUUGUGGACGGGGCAGUAGCUCGCUGAACCCGCUGUAACGUUAGCUAGCUCCCGGGCUCUCUUACAUAAACACUGCCCCUCAGCUGCGGUUCACUUGAGCAAAGACGGACUUAUGGCUCCGGAGCUGAGACAUAUCAAAUGUAUCCUCGACUUCCACGUACUGUAAACUAUUUUAAAACCUAAACUUGGCCUGUGUUGGGUUUAUAGUGUGUCUUUAGGACGAGUUGGUGCGACAACGGCAGACCAAAUGGAAAUUAAGCUUCUUACUUGCUAAGCAUGGAGGACUUUACCCACCGGCUCUCGACCAAACAUAAAGAUACUGUAGAGUUGUUUUCGUGUUGUGAUGUUAUCUGGAAAGUUUCCAUUUGUAGCAGAAAGACGUUAUCAGACCGCCUCCUCGCUGUAAAGGGGGCGAGAGAGGGCUGACCAGCGGGACGCUUUGUAAAUAACACCGACCUGCUACCUCCAGGAAGCUACAGCCGCUGUUUGCGGGGAAACCACGUCUCUUGCUGGCGUUUGUGCGACUUCGACGCGGAUCGGCAGCGUCCUGUUUUAUUGGGGUUGAGGUCGUAUGACUUGGAAUGAGUCCUAACCUACUUCCAAUGGCCAGCAGUGAGAGUCGGGCACACUCGCAGGUUUGGUUUGACAGCAAGAGGUUAAAUGAUAGUUAUCCUAAUUUUCAGAGAUGAUUUGUAACCAGCGUGGGGAGUUAGGUCUGCUUUUGCCAGACUACCAGUGAACCCUUCCGCCGUCUAAGUGUCUGCUUUUUCAUUCGGAAGAAGAAGAUGGAGACGGGAGUGAGGUCUCACCAGGGCGAGCUGUUCGUCCACCCGCUCUCCAACCCUGGAGCUGCGGGCAUCUGCCCCGAAAUGCUGGAGGUGGCAGAGGAGGCCAGCCGGGCUGGGGACUUUAACCUGGCCGCGGAGAUCUACAGCUCCCAGCUCGCAGACCUCCAGCAGCCGGACAGGGGCUUGUGCCUCAGGAAGGCCGACUCUUUGGCCCGGGCCGGGCGGAUAUCUGAGGCGCUGGACUCGUACUGCAUAGCGGCCAGUCUGGGUAAACUGCGCCCGGAGGAGCUUCCCCUCCUGGUGGAAACCAUCGCCCGGACUCUCCGUGAUAAAGAGCUGGGCAUCCCCGGGACUUUAAACGGGCACGGUAAAAGCAGUGGCGGGGAAGAUGGGAUUGAAAGUGAUGGGGAGUGUGGAGAGGACGAAGCACUGGACUUGUUCUCCUGUCGCCUCUGCAAGUGUCUGCUCCAUGAGCCCACGACCGUGGAGUGCGGGCACACUUUCUGCAAACGCUGCUUAGAGGACGACUCUGUCAAAGACUGUAUACAAUGCAAACAGAAGUUGAACAAAAAAGACGGACUGCCGCACGGCCGGAGAUUAAACGUUGUUCUCAGCGGCCUGCUGGAUAAACUGUUCGCAACUGAGAGUAAAGCGAGGAGAUUGUGGAUCGAAGGAGAGGUUCUGUGGAAAACUCAGAGCCUCAGUGAUGCCUUGGAGAAGUACAGCGCUGCAGUGGAUCUAGUGCCCUCUUCAGGCAGACUGCUGUGUCAGCGGGCUGAGUUGCACAUGGAGAUGAGGAACUUCAGUCAGGCAGUGCAGGACGCCAACAGCCUCUGUAGGAUGAAACCGCUCUGGACAAAGGCUCACUGUCUGAAAGCCACGGCGCUGAGUAAAGCAGGCCGGAAUGACGAGGCCUUGCAGGAAUACUUCAUGUGUUUGGCGCUAAAGCCUGACUGGACCAAAGUAAAACUGGAGGCUCAGAAGGUCCUUAGCGAGCUGUUCUCCUCUGUGUUUGAGAACCAGGACCUUCCAACGCCGCUGCACCCACUGCAGGGGGGGUUGACCACCCGCCUCAUCAAACCCCCAGCCUUGCUCAGGUCCCUGAGGCCACUCACACAGAGGCCUGGCUCCUCCUCACAGGACUCAGAGUUCAGUGUGACUAAAAGCGCUCCAGUAGAUGACUCGUCCUCCAGACUGUCUGCUCCGUGUCCCAGUAAAUCAGACCCCGCUGCAGCGGAGGACAACACUAAGAGCCUUGCUGGCGUUCUGGCUGCUCUGCCCGCACCCCCUGGUGGCAUCAAGAGGAAACACAGCGGAGAUGGACCCUCAGCAAUCUUCAACCCUCCCUCCAAACUGCUCAGACCUGAUGAGGCGAGCAGCCUUCAGACGGCUACAGUGUGUGGAGGGAGGGUGGUUCCUGCUGAGCUGCUGGACAGUGGAGACAUGGAGUGUUCACUCUGCAUGAGAUUGUUCUAUGAGCCGGUGGCCACUCCCUGUGGUCACACCUUCUGCCUCAAAUGUCUGGAGCGCUGCCUGGACCACAACUCCAACUGCCCUCUGUGCAAGGAAAAUCUGUCUGAGUAUCUGGCCACCAGGGGCUACAACAAGACCCUGCUGAUGGAAGAAGUGCUGCAGCGUUACCUAGGAGACGAGCUGGCUGAGAGAAAGAAAAUCCACGAAGAGGAAAUGAAGGAGCUGUCCAACCUGAACCAGGAAGUACCCAUCUUUGUGUGCACCAUGGCCUUCCCCACCAUCCCCUGCCCACUGCAUGUGUUCGAGCCGCGCUACCGCCUCAUGAUCCGCCGCUCCAUGGAGACGGGCACUAAGCAGUUUGGCAUGUGCAUAGCCGAUGAGCUCAAAGGAUUUGCCGACUACGGCUGCAUGCUGCAGGUGCGGGAUGUGAAGUUUUUUCCUGACGGUCGUUCAGUGGUCGACACCAUUGGUGUGUCGCGGUUUAAGGUCCUCACCCAUGGCCAAAGAGACGGCUACAACACCGCCAAGAUAGAGUACCUGGAAGACAAGAAGGUGGAGGCGGAGGAGCUGGUGGAGCUUCUGAAGCUGCACGACUCUGUGUACGAGCAGGCCAACAGCUGGUUCACCUCCCUGAAAGACAACAUGAAGAGCCAGAUCCUCAGUCACUUCGGACACCUUCCCCGCAAAGACCCCGACCCACAGGCCAGUCCCAGUGGUCCGGCCUGGUGCUGGUGGCUGCUCGCUGUCCUUCCAUUGGAGAAUCGAGCCCAGCUCACCAUCCUGGCCAUGACCUCCCUCAAGGACCGCCUCAUUGCCAUCCGCAGGGUCCUCAUCUUCGUUACACGCAAGAGGCCGCGGUGAUUGCCCAGCCGCUCGGGGCGGACACACCAGAACCGCUCGGACUUCUAUGCAGUUCAGCCAUUCAUUCAUUCAUUUGUUUGGUCAUUCAUUUGGUCACUCAUUGACCUUUUCAUCGACUCAUGUAUACAUGUGUUCAAUCAUCCUUUUACUUGCCCACUCUUACAUCAGUUCAUUCUCUCAGAAGCUCAUGAGCUCCUUCCUGUGUCAUGCAGCCUGUCUGAGCACAUGCGUCAGGUCUGCUGAGAGCGUCAGGUGGGCCGGGAUGCUGGCGUGACGGUAAUCCUGGUUUCUCGUCUGUCUGUCCGUGUGCCAGCCACCCACCUCCACCUGCAUCUUGGAUAAAUGAAGCUACAACACAUCUCUGAACGAGUGACCUCUCACCUGCUGUUCUCUCUUGAGGCAGAGGUAAAAGCAGUCAGGCCAGCUGUUUCACUUCCGUUUAGGCCACCUCUGGGUAAUUAGCCUGACACUCUGUUAUGAAGGAACAAAAAAAAAAACUUGUUAUCGCAAGAGCAGUGUGAGCAAGAGGAAUGAAUCUUUUCCUACAUAUACUAAGCAGUAUUUUCACAUAAGCUAAAACGAAAGUUGGCCCCUCGCAUCCACAACUGUGAGUUGUACAAGUACAGUCAAAAUAAAAACUCACUCACUGAAAUAUGAAGCAAACACAGAAACGACACACCAAAGUGAAUGUACUGGUCUGGCUGUAGUAUGUGGAUGUGUUUCUCCCUUCUGCAUUUACAGAAUCCGCUCCGCGAGUUGCGCACUCAGCAGCUGCUUCACCCUGAAUCUUACUGACUGAGCCAAAAUUCAUGUGCAGAAACCUGGAGCUUUCUAUCUGUUGCCUCACCCGGCGGUGGGCCCGUACCUCAGACUGUCAGAUAGAAAGUAAUGGGCGCCAUGAGAGUCACUGCAUUGAGAUAGGAUUGUGAUUAUGCUAACACUAAUAAAAUCACAGACUACAAUGUGUGAGAACAAGUUCUACUCUACAAAAACAUGCUCCACUCGUCAUGAAAGAAGAUUUCAGUUCAAAUCUAAGUCGGGCAAUCGCACAAGUUCUAGUUGCAUUUUGGAAAAAUGCAGAUACAAAUGCAUCCUCCCAGACACAGCUGAUCUGGAACUGUAUGUCCUAUUGUAGCAUAUCUCUGGGACUUGAUACAGACGUAGUAAUUGGGGUUGAUUGUGUGUUUUCUUUUAGGUUUUUUUGUUCUUGUUUCACUCUCUCUGCUAUGCCCUUAAGUGUAUGUGUAUGGUGAAAUUUUAAGUUGGGUGAUUUUUAUGUAUAUCAAUGUAACUUGGAGGCCUUUGUAUGAUUUAUUUAAGGAACAUUUUACCCUCUCUCUCUCUCUGUUUCUCAGUACAUUUACAUGCACUCUAAUGCAAAUGCAGUGCUUUAAGUUGUCCCUAUUGUUUAAUUUUCUAAACAAACAAUCUAUAUUUAUAGUCAGCGUUUCUCAAUAAAACACAUUGUGUGUGUCCUUGAGGCCUGACUUUUUGAAUAGUUUUAUUAGCAAACAGAUUUUUGUAUAUUUUUGAACUGUUUCGUCUUUCCUCCCUGUCUUUACUGGCACAAUGCCGUGUCUCUUGGCGCUUAUUGUCACCAAAAAGCUCCAUAGCUCUACUUGUAAAGAUAAAAAUCCACAUGGUGCUUAAAAGAAGAUGAUGUUGCACAAUAAUAACCCAAAUCUUCCUGACAGUUGAAUUCAAGGUCCCAUGUGGAAUUUAAUGACCACUAGUAGCGCUGUAGAGCAAUGGUUUCACGAGUGGGUCCCUGUCUUGUUUGUAUCCCGUGCAAGAGCGUGCAGGUGACCCAAUACGGGUUGUUUUAACAAAAGAGACGUAGCAAUGUGCCAGCAAAUUGCAGGGAAGAAGAUGACUAGCUGAUGUGAAAAUGUGUGUAAACAAUGGAGGUUUCAAAAUAUUCAAAACAUAGGCUUUUGCACUGUUUGUAGUUAGUUUUCAAUUUGUUCUGCUGAGAAACACUGAAUGCAAACCUACCUGCUUUUCAUUUACAAUAAAACUCAACAGCGUGUGUUAAAAGAAAGGAAGAAUGAAUGGUGAAGGUGUCGAUGGCUUAAACUGAGCUCUGCAAGAUAUCAAAUGUCAAGUAUUUCCAAGCCCAGAGUAAGUCCAAAGAGUGAAGAGCAGUCUCAGACAAAUUAUGCUUAGCUUUAAGCUGGUCGAGCUGUUUUUUCAUAGGACAGCCAUGGUUGUAACUGCAUUCUUAUAGUGCAUGUAAUUGCACUUUCUCUGUAUAAUUCUGUCCUUCCAAAUGUUUGACUCCACUGCAGUUACUUGCUCCCUGUACAGGGGCGGGGUUCACAACAUGCUGCAUUUCCCUGGUAUAUUUGUAAAGGGAGAUCUUAUACCUAUUUUUUAUUGCAAAUAAAGAAAAACAUUCAGUCCUGUC